GAUAUAAAUUUCAUUCCCCUUCCUUAUAAUACUGCCAUCCCCCAUCGAGACAACGCUGUAGUAAUAAUCAUCCACAGACAGUGCCACGCACAAAGCCUCGCCGCCUGUUCUCCAAGCCAGUGAAAAGACACUCCGCACCACCCAUCGUCGACCAGAGAAGUGUAUACCACCACUCACAAUGACGAACAUCUAGCACCUCCCAACCCGCAUUGUGAACCCCCCAUCCCCACAACGAACAACGUCUUCACACAGCCCUACAGUAUCUUCACUGCAUCACAAUGUCCGCCGACGAACUUUCCACAGCGCAGGACGGGGAUGUAUAAAUCCCGCCUACCCUCCAUCCCAUCCCCCAUACAGUUCUCCCCCAGUCAACCCUCCAGCAAACUAUCCCCUUACACCCCCUCAAAAACCACACAACAUGCCCCGCCACCGCGGCCAAACAACGCACCACUGCCCGCUAAAAAGCAAGGGUAACUGCCGCGGCCAAACCGCCUUUGGAUACUGCACCAAGCACCAGAUCCUGUGUGUGGAGGAUAAAUGCGUGCAUUUGAGGACGGAGGAGUGUCCGUAUUGUGCUGCGAGG